CAUCACAGGUACGACUGGGACGUUUAUAAAGCACCGCUGACGUCGCCUACUUUGGAUUGUAAUCCAGGAUUAACCAACAGUCACACAAACCUUAGUUUGUUACUACGUGACAACACUUUGGCAUAAUAACAGGAGUUUAGUAACAUGUGGCUGUUGAGACCAGCAGUUGUCCUCUUGGAGGUCCUAUUGAUGCAAAAUAGCAUUCAUCUCACAUCUUCUUGUCAUCAAUUACCACUUUUAAGGAUGGGGAAUUCCACUUCAUCCUUUACAGGCGCAUCAUCCAGUACCGCCUGUGAGCAAUAUGUGAAUGAAGUGGUGUCACAGAACUGUGUCGUGAUAUUUUCCAAGACCACGUGUCCUUACUGCAAAAUGGCGAAAAAUGUGUUCAAUGAAAUCGGGGCCACCUACAAAGUAGUUGAACUUGAUGAGCACAAUGAAGGAAGGAGACUACAAGAAGCCUUAGCUCAGAUGACCGGUGCCAGGACGGUGCCAAGAGUCUUCAUUAAUGGAAGCUGCAUUGGAGGCGGCUCCGAUACCGAACAGCUCCAUCAGCAGGGCAAGUUAGUGCCCCUUAUUAAACAGUGUACCCCCUGCUGUGCUGCGACCAGCUCCGAAGGAUCAGGCAGUGGGCAGUUUGCAAAAUGACUAGCCGUUCUUUUGAUUUCUCUCAAUCAUGUAUUUAUUGAAUGUUUACUAGAUUUUUUGCUUCAAAUUCUAUAUGGCUUGAACACAGUUGUUCUUAUUUAUCAACGUGCACUGAAUACUUGAUGCAUGAUGAAUUGUGUAUUGCUUGAACACAGUCGUUUUUAUCGAUAGGCUGCUCGAUACCUUGUACACAUGUUCAUCCAUUAUCACAGCGCUUUUAUUAGUCAGCAUUGACUACUCCAACUGUAAAAGUGAUUUAAGAUAUUACUUUCCAUUUCAGACUACUACCUCUAAAAUUAUACACAUGAUUUUAUAGGUCUCUUUGAAAUAAAACAUUUUUUUUUUGACACACGUUUGCAGUGGUAGUUGAUCUGUUGUUCUUUUUGAGUGACUUUCAAUUAUAGAGUACCAGAGAUUUAAGCAUAUGUUUUGUCGCAGAACUCCGUUCACUAAAUGUCUAAAACCAUGCAUAUGAUAACAUUUAGAGAUGUCCGAUAAUGUCUUUUUUGCUGAUAUCCGAUAUUCCGAUAUU